UUACCCACAAUGCUUUGCCGCGAGGACGCGCGAUUGUAAACAAUGCUAGAAAGCUAAGGGAGAAAAUAAAGUUUACGGAGGUUUAGCUGUGUUACUAACGCGUCACGCUCGAUAUUUCGUUUUACUACCGAACGCAUUGUUCGUUCACAGGGUUUGGUUUAUUAAACGAACGUUUUUAUUUAGUCAACGGUCUAUUUGUGCGUGAAUUAGCAACGUCUGCGUUCAUCCGACCCGGUCUGCAGCUGGAAAAAUGUUUUAUUGUCGUGGUGAUUAAUAAAGGUCAGACUCAUUUGCGUGUCCAUGGGGAAACGGAAAGACAUGAUUCACCCCAGAUUUCUCGCUGCCAGCGGCGACGAUUACGGCGUGCACAAGAAGAAACACAAAAAGCACAAGAAGCACAAGAAGAAGCACCAUCGCGAUGAUGGCCACAGUUUCUCCUCCGAGGCGCUGGAGUCAGACUCCGGGAUGAUGCUCCUGAAACCUCCUCAGCUCAAGCUCAAGAUCAAACUGGGAGGACAAACUCUGGGCACCAAGAGCGUGCCCACCUUCACGGUGAUCCCGGACUCCCUGCGCUCGGUGUCGCCCCUCAACGUGGAGAGCGACGACGACGAGGAGGACGACAACAACGACGACGACGAAGAGGACUCCGACGACGACGCGCCGUCCGAGGGGGUUCCCAUAGAGCAGUACAGAGCCUGGCUGGAUGAAGACAGCAACCUGGACCCGUCUCCGGUGCCGGACGUGGACGCGGACUCGCUGCUGGGCGGCCCGAUGGAUGAGGAGGAGCGAUGGCUGGACGCGCUGGAGAAGGGAGAGCUGGACGACAACGGAGAGCUGAAGAAAGAGAUCGACGAGUCUCUGCUCACAGCCAGACAGAAAGCGCUUCUGCACAAGCAGCAGAGCCAGCCCUUACUGGAGCUGCCCAUGGGCUACAAAGAGAAGGAGCUGACGGCCGAGAUGAUGCAGAAACGCGAGGAGCGCGCGCGCAAGAGACGCCUGCAGGCCGCCAAGAAAGCCGAGGAGAACAAGAACCAGACCAUCGAGAGACUGACCAAGACCAGCAAGGCCAAGAUCAAGAGCCUGAAGGAGCGCAGGUCCAAGCAGGCUCAGCUGCCCACGGUGAGGUACAGCAGCACGGCUGCGGGCGCCGCCGUCUCGUACCCGGCCGGGAUCCCGCCGCCGCCUCCGGCCCCGCCGCCUCCCCCCGCCCCGCUCGGCUGCGGCGUCUCCGGCUGCUCCAACCUCAAGAAGUACCGCUGCUCCAGGACCGGGACGCCGCUCUGCAGCCUGGAGUGCUACAGGAAGAACCUGGCGCCGGUGCAGGAAGUGGCUUGAAACGCGAGUCUUUGAGUAAAAUCGUGCUAACUUUUAUUCUGUGCGUUCAAAGUGCGAUUUAAGAAAACGCAAGCGGCAGCGCUUUACGGUACGGUUCUGUUUGGUAAUACUGGGCUUUCUGAAGUACACACACACACACACACACACACACACACGCAUGUAUGUGUGUGUGUGCGUGCAUAUAAGCUCUGAUACAAAAGCCUCUUUUAAAACGAGCAUUUGUAUCAGGUGUAAUAUAAAUAUAAAGAUACAUGCAUACGUUUGAAAUGCGUGUUAAUGUUGAGCUAAUAUGAACUAAUUUGACUUGUUGUGAAGCGUUGACCGAAUUCAGUCCCACGUGACGGCUCAUCGUGAAGAUUACGUUUCUGCGCGCAAAAAUAGCUUUCGAGGGACAACAUAAAUCGCUCUGUAAAAACUGAAACGUACGUGUAAUAUCUCAUAACUCAUUCAUUCUGCUCGUUUAACGAGUGAGGCUCGUUAAAACAUAAAAGGUUUUUUAUUUUUGUGAGAAGUCUGAAAUAAAGAACCUCUUGCGAACCUUGUAUUUA